AAGCCGUAACAUUGGAUUGCGACUUUGAAAACGAUAAUUUAUGUGGGUGGAAUCAAGACAACACGGAUGAUUUUGACUGGACAUGGCACAGCGGGGAAACGCCCACAGCUAAUACUGGACCACGGUUCGAUCACACAACAAAUUCUUCAGAAGGACACUAUUUAUUCAUGGAGUCAUCGGCCCCACAGAAAACCGGACAAAGAAGUAGACUUAUCUCCCCACCUCAUGUUUCCAUUAGCCCAGGGACCAUGUGUCUGGAGUUUUUCUACCAUAUGUUUGGUCCAGAUGGCAUAGGAGAAGUAGGCGACUUGGACGUCUACAUUAGACCUCAGAGUGUUGACAACACGUCCCUAGCACCAGGCAACAACGUCUUUCAUCGCAGCGGUAACCAAGGCGAUCGCUGGAUACAUGCACAGGUGGAAUUACCACAGCAAACAGACAUUUUUAAUAUUGUUUUACAAGGCACACGACUUAAAAGCUGGUCGGGGGAUAUAGCAGUAGACGACAUCAGAGUCUAUCCGUGUUCAGCAAGUAAAGGGUCAGCUGAUGUGGACUUCACCACGCAGUCUGUUGACUCUGAUAACAACUCUAUUGAUGAGUCCCCGCGGUCAACAAAAAUCGUAAACAUGAUAUCCCCGACAAUAGCUCCUUCUGUGACCACAGUUAAGAAAACAAGACCUGUAAAGCCGACACUAAAAUCAAGUGUUACUCGAACAACAAAGGUCGUGCCAACAGCAGCACAAACAGUCAAUCGUGCUAGUAAACAAUCAACGAGACUGUUUACACCCACUCCACUGAUGUCAUCUACAUACAAAAGUAUCAAUCGUGACGUCACUGCUACUUCAAUAGUCCCAUCUGAUAGGCAACAGCAGAGUGGACAGCAACAGCCUGCCACAAAUAAGACCACAGGCGUCUUCCUCUCGACUGGUGUUACUUUUAGCAGAAACAUCACCAGUGGCCAACACGGUGAAAACGAAAGCAAUGAUGAGAAUGAUAGAGAUAAUUACUUCACACAGAUAAACCAUGCAAAAACAGGCUUAUUCACAAACAAUGACUACGACUCUAACACUAAAAACUCUGAUUUUAGCUCGAGUACAAAUAAAUCAGUUGGUAAAAAUGACUCAAAAACACCGUUCACUGACUCAGAAGAUGCUACGGAUGUUUCGUCUGAAGAAUUCCAAGUCGACGGAUUCAUGGAUGAAACGGCGGAUAUUAUCGAUAAGUCUUCGUCUCCAAGUUCAGUAGCGUUAAUACCACUGAUUGUUGGUAUCGUGGCUUCUUUAGUGGUCGGCGUUGCUGUAACUGUAAUUAUGGCAUGCAUCUGGGUUCGAAAUCAAAGGACAAAACAUGAUAAACACCAGGAAGAUCAAAUGAAUAUCAUGAGUGACUAUAUUGAAACAAAUUUGUGCACAUAA